UGUUGUGGAGUUGACUAUUCCAGACGAAUAAUGAGAUUCUUGGGUUUGGUUUUGAAUCAGGGAUUCUAUUAAGCUUGAAAAGAAGACACGAUCGACCAUGAAUGCGGUACGGAGAAAACCACAUAUCACUUACAUCGUCAAAUUGUGAACUCCGAGAAGAAUGGUCUAACGUGGAGAUCAAAUCUAGAGCGGAAACUACAGCUGCUGAGGCAGAUUAAGGCUUAGUUUAAACCUUUACUUGCAAACUUACUUAUAACUUUGUGAACCUGUUGAUGUAAGCCCCUGGAUUCAUUGCAAGUUAUGGAAACUCAGAUGAUGCUUUUUUGCUUACGAAAGCCAAGGCAGGCCACCAACACCCUGAGGCUAAAGGUUUUCACCAGAGAGAAGAUGAGUUUUUUUCCUCACUGGUGGAAAGAGUAUGCAGAUUGCAGCGAAUGCCCUAUACCACAAGUUGUUUCUAAAAAUAAAUCGAAUAAGCUGUUGACUGAAACUCCUUUAGAAGCUUAUGUGUCUUCUACCCUUUAUGAAGUUGAAGAGGAGAGAGUUGGUGUACUGGUUAAAUGUGGGCUAUAUGAGGUACCAUCGUUCUUUUCAGUGUUGUAGAAUUUUCAUUUAAAUGAUAACAUGUUGAACAUUUAGAGUCCUUAUAUCUAGCUU